CCGCUAUAGUGGAUAAUUAAAAAUAUUUGUGCUUUUGUUUUGAAAGGAAAGCCAGAGCUCAUUGUGUAAAACUGUUUUUAAUCCCUGCCACUUCCUGGGUUUACAAAGAUAACCUUUCCCCUACAUGAGAAGAGGCUGGACGAAGGCCAGAGGGAUACUCUGUUGUCUCUGUUACUGGUGCAUGAAUGUAACGGUGGAGUUUGAGCGAGAACUGUUAAAGUAAACCUCUUAUCUGAGKAGGUUACACAAGCCUUACAACAACACUUACAGUGAUGGAGAAUCAGCCUCCAGUCUUCCUUUUCUAUCGCCUCACGGGAAAGCUCUGGCACACUCACAUGCCUGUCUCCUGCCUGCGAUUAGACUUCAAAUCUGCCUUCCUCUUGCCAACAUUCUUUAGUCGGCCCCACUGCUUUGUCAAAGGGUGCUCUGUCGCUGCAGGAGCACAGGGGACUCAGCCAGAGAAGGCUCUGCUCCGGCAUAGUCACCCUAUUACCCCGUGCUGUCUGGAAACUUUCAUCCUGAUCACUUCUGAGGACUUACCUAACAAGGACUAAAAUCCAAAAGCUUGGCUAGGAGAGGCCUGGCUGCAACCAGAACAACCAAAGAAACUGGAUCAAUCUUAUGCAGACAACUACAUCUUUCUUUUCGACUAAAGCUUGGAAGUGGUAAAAUACAGCACAAAAACUUCCAAGAACCUGCCAGGGAGGUCCAUUCUCAGCCCGUCCAAACAUGGACCAUUUGCCAGACGAGCCACGUUUGCGCUCAGACAGCACGGGCAGCUCGGCGUCUCAGAGCUCCAGGUCGAAGACAGUCCUCCGCCAGCGCCUGUCCCAGCUGAUGACCUGCAUCGAAGACCUGAGCUCUGACGACGAAGCCGACGCAGAGGUGUCCCGCUCUCUGGAUGAAAUGUUCCAGCUCUGCGGACGCUUCGUUCCCACAGAUGCUUUCAGGUUGCACAUUGUCACCUGGAACGUGGCCACGGCAGAGCCUCCAGAAGAUGUCACCUCUUUGCUGCAGCUAGACGCCCAAAAUCCCAUGGAUUUAUAUGUGAUAGGUCUACAGGAAGUAAAUGCCACCCCUUUGCGAUUCCUCUCGGACCUGAUAGUCGAGGACUCCUGGAGCCACCUUUUCAUGGACACACUGGCACCCAAAGGCUUUGUGAAGGUCACCUCAGUGAGGAUGCAGGGUUUGCUGCUGCUGCUUUUUGCCAAAGACGUGCAUCUCCCUUACAUCAGAGACAUCCAGACCACCUACACUCGUACUGGCAUCUUCGGCUACUGGGGUAAUAAAGGUGCCGUUUCUGUGCGUUUUUCUUUCUACGGCCACAUGAUGUGCUUCCUGAACUGCCACCUGGCAGCUCACAUUACCAACGCCCUGCAGCGCGUCGAUGAGUUUGAGUACAUCUUGGAAACGCAAGACUUUGACAUCUUUGAUACGCCUCAUGUCCUGGACCACAAGGUCGUAUUCUGGUUUGGUGAUCUAAACUUCCGUAUCGCCGACCACGGCUUGCACUUUGUCCGCUCCUCCAUCAAUAGUGGACGCUUUAACUUGCUGUGGAGCAAGGACCAGCUCACCAUGAUGAAGAAAAACGAACCCUUCCUGCAGGAAUUUGAAGAGGGGCCACUAAAUUUUAAACCUACAUAUAAGUUUGACCAUAAAUCUGAUACUUAUGAUACAAGGUCUCCAAAGACAUGGUUGGGUUUUAAUGGCAAAAAGAGAAAACCAGCCUGGACAGAUCGGAUCCUCUGGAGGAUCAAACACCUGCCAUCCGAGGAGGAAGAGGAGGAUGAAGUUGAUGAUAAGGCAUCUACUUCUACAGAUAAUGUACAGGAUGAAUAUCCAGUCCUGGUCACCCAGAACACAUACACCAGUGACAUGAGCUAUGGAGUCAGUGACCACAAACCUGUUGUUGCAGACUUCACUCUGGAGCUGAGGAAACGCUUCGACACACCACUGGUGCACGUGUCUCCUGUGGGUGAAUGGAGCGCCGACCAGAACGCCCUUCUGACUUAUACCGUUCAGGAGGACUUCAUGUCUUCUACGUGGGACUGGAUUGGCCUGUAUAAGGUUGGAUUUAAAAGUUCAUCUGACUUUGAAACCUUUGUUUGGGUCAGAGAGGACGAGCUGCCAGAGGUCAAUGAAGUCAUAGAGAUAACUGUGGAUAAAGACAAGAUCCCUCUGCUGGGUGGAGAAUAUGUUUUGGGUUACUACAGUACGAACAUGAACAGAAUCGUUGGACUCAGUGAGUGCUUUCAGAUCCUGGAGUCAAAGCGGGCUGUCACAGAAGGUCUUGAUCCUGAGGACAUCAAUGGAAUCAACAGAUAAAAAUUUAUUCCGACUUCAUUCAGAUGUGAAGCUCCUGAAAAUGAUGCCGUUUACAACUUUCCCUUUCAAAUUUACUCAUUUAGAGACUAGAUCUGUAGUAAACAAAACAACAACAAUAUUUUAUCCUGUUAAAGCAAUUACUAAAUUAAUAUAGGAAAGGUGCAGAAAGAAAAAAUACUGUUUUUAGCUACUGGAUAUGUAUUCAGUCAGUAUUGUUAUACAGUAUUCAAUAAAGCAAUUUCAUGCUGUUGAGUUGAUUGUGCCAGAAAAUAAUUAUGAAAUAAAUGUGGAAAUGAUCUGCCAGUCAUUGGAUAUAAAUAUACAAAAUAAUAAUGAUGAUUUAUGUUGAUUUACUUUUACCAUGUUCUUCAUAAAGACAGAGAAGUGAAGCAAGAAUAUGAAAAAAAGAAAUGUAACAGCAUACCAAUCUGUGACAGUCAACAGAAUCAAUAAUAAAUUAUGUUUUUAAUUCAAUCCGAAUUAAAAGAUUUUUGAUCUA